CCCCCCGCUGGCCGGCUGGCCCCCAGGGGGAGGCGCGCGCGGGCUCGGGCCUCUGGGUGCGCUUCCAUGGAGGUCUGGGCGGCCGCAGCCGCAGCCGCAGCCCGGUUCCUGCCUCCGACCCGUCCGCGUCGGAUCUGCCCGAGCCCAGGGACUUGAGACGCACUGGCAGAGGUCUGACGGGAUGGCACCGUUUGCGAAGGGCCACCUGGGAUGAGCCACCACAUGGGGAAACCGACCUGCGGCGCUGCGUCCUGAGCCCGGCCGGGCGCUGGCGGCCAUGGUGCUGCGCCCCGAGCCCGCGGGCGGCCGGCGCGUCGUCAUCAUCAACGUGGGCGGCUGCAGGGUGCGCCUGGCCUGGGCGGCACUAGCGCGCUGUCCCCUCGCGCGCCUGGAGCGCCUGCGGGCCUGCCGCGGCCGCGAUGAGGUCCUGCGCGUGUGCGACGACUAUGACGCGGGCCGCGACGAGUUCUUCUUCGACCGCAGCCCGUGCGCCUUCCGCGCCAUCGUGGCGCUGCUGCGCGCCGGCAAGCUGCGGCUGCUGCGUGGCCCGUGCGCGCUGGCCUUCCGCGACGAGCUCGCCUACUGGGGCAUAGACGAGGCGCGCCUGGAGCGCUGCUGCCUGCGCCGUCUGCGCCGCCGCGAGGAGGAGGCGGCCGAGGCGCGCGCGGGGCCGCGGGGGAGCCCGGGGGACGCGGGGCCUGGCCGGCGCCUGCGGGACCUGCUGGACGACCCGCGCUCCGGACCCGCCGGCAAGCUCUUCGCCUGCGUGUCUGUCGCCUUCGUGGCUGCCACAGCGGUCGGCCUCUGCCUGAGCACCAUGCCGGACAUCCGCGCGGAGGAGGAGCGGGGCGAGUGCUCCCCCAAGUGCCGCAGCCUCUUCGUGCUGGAGACGGUGUGCGUGGCCUGGUUCUCCUUCGAGUUCCUGCUGCGCUCGCUGCAGGCCGAGAGCAAGUGCGCCUUCCUGCGGACACCGCUCAACAUCAUCGACAUCCUGGCCAUCCUGCCCUUCUACGUGUCGCUGCUCGUGGGGCUGGCGGCUGGGGGCGCGGGCGCGGGCGCGGGCGGCGCGGCGCUGCUGGAGCGCGCGGGGCUGGCGCUGCGGCUGCUGCGGGCGCUGCGCGUGCUCUACGUGAUGCGCCUGGCGCGCCACUCUCUCGGGCUGCGCUCGCUCGGCCUGACGGUGCGCCGCUGCGCGCGCGAGCUCGGCCUGCUGCUGCUCUUCCUGUGCGUGGCCAUGGCGCUCUUCGCCCCGCUGGUGCACCUGGCCGAGCGCGAGCUGGGCGCGCGCCGCGACUUCUCCAGCGUGCCCGCCAGCUACUGGUGGGCCGUCAUUUCCAUGACCACCGUGGGUUACGGCGACAUGGUGCCGCGCAGCCUGCCCGGGCAGGUGGUGGCGCUGAGCAGCAUCCUCAGCGGCAUCCUGCUCAUGGCCUUCCCGGCCACGUCCAUCUUCCACACCUUCUCGCGCUCCUACUCCGAGCUCAAGGCGCAGCAGCGGCGCGCCGCCAGCCCAGAGCCAGCCCUGCGCGAGGACAGCUCGCGCUCGGCCACGGCCACCGAGGACAGCCCACAGGGGCCUGUGGGCGCCGGCCAAGCCGGGGUCCCUUUUCCCGGGGAUGGCCACGACCGUCGCCGGGCCCAAGAGGCCGCUCCUCGCGAGCUUCUUCAGGAAUAGAAGCACGGUCCUCACCUCCCGCAGGCGACCUCGCGGGCCGGGCUCCCUCCCGGUACCCACGGCAUGUCCCUCCAAUCAAGCGCAGCCCGGACCGCAGCCUGACUGGGAGGUGGCAGUGGAAAGCGCCCCUGUGCUUCCAAUCAUUCCUGUCCCCUUUCCUCCGCACUUCCCUUUGGAGUUUGGACUCCCUAGCCCAGAAAUUCCAAGCCUGUAGCAAAUGCCACGAGGCCACACGUGUCCACGGGCCGCAUCCUCCCGCUUCCCUGCUCUUCGGCCAGCGUAGUUCCUGGAGCGGCUGUGGGCGGUGGGGAGGCUGGGGGGGCUCCUGCUUCUGCAGCUCACCCACAGUGGGCGGCGCCCCAUCAGGAGGGAGGCUUCUCUGCGCAUUCCUGACAAGUGACGGAAGUGUGACAUUAACACAGCCACCCAGUUCCUCUGGGGAGGGGGGCGGGUCCCAGCCCUGACCUCUGACCUCCCUCCCCCGCACUAGCUCCAUGGGGGUCUUCGUGGCCCCCUGAAGUCGUCUGGCUUGCCUCCCCCGUGAGAGCCAGGGGCAAGGGCGAAUUCGCCCCUGAAAAUGCCUCUGCAAAGCUCAAGGUCUGCAUGUUUCCCUGCGCUCUCUGCUGGCCUUGGACACCUUUACCCUCUGGGUUCUCCAAGAGGAGGUGGGGGAAGGGGCCCUGGUGUGCAGCUGCUGGGAGCCUGUCUUCACCAAGGCAUGAAGGAAUGGGACUUUACAAAUCACGUUACUCUGUCCCUUUUCAUUUUAAUGAGCGGAGCCAUGACACUGCAGACGCUGCUGCCCCAGGGCCCGCAGGAGGCGCACCUGGACCACCCCAGAGAGCCCCCCAGACACCUGGCACCCCCCGCCCCCCGCUGCCAUCCAUCACGGCUUUUGGCAGGGCCCCUGGCGCGAGGCCAGAGCCGGGAGAGGCUGGGGUGGGGGCUAGGGUGGGGCCCUUGCUCAGAGGACAUUUCCUAGGGUGCUACUGCUACCAAUAAACAGUGUGCCUCUCCUGCCUCUCCACCGAGUUCCUCGGGGCAGCACCAGCGUCCUCACCAGGCACAGGGGCGUCCAGGCCAAGGAGGAGUUUCCAGCGCUCACGGGGAGCCGGUAUGUGUAGACAGUGGGGCACCGCUACCUGGACAAAGCCCUUGCACGCAAAGCCCAGUUGUACCCCUCCAAGUCCCACAGCAGAGCCGGGGUCCCAAAUCUGCAACCGCACUGCACCCCGCAGGGCAGGGCUAGGUGUUCUCAGGGAACCAGGCUGCAAAGAACCCAGGGCUGAAGCUGUCAGGAUUUACACAAUGAGCCCCAGUUCUGCAGGGGUGGGGCAGGCUGGACUGCCUUGACAACAGACUCAGUUUCCCUCUUCCUCCUCCUCACACCCAGCCACAAUUUGCAUGCACAGAAGUACCUGGGUUCCAGCUCCUGGGUCAGUGUCAAGUGGACAAGGGCAGUGGGGUGCAGGGAAGCUGAAAUAAUGGUCUUACCGGCAACCAAGAAAACAUUCUGGGAUCAGAAUGAGCUGAGUGUCCCCAAACCACAGGGAGGCGAAGACUCUCCCACGUCUGACCUUGCACGGCUGCUCGAACCAGCUCUCUGAGGCAGAAAGGGUCCCCUUGUAUCAGACAGAGACACGGUCAUUCCACCAUGGACCAGGCCAGAUUCAGCACCUGGCCUGGCAUGCUCCACUUGCAGCUUCUCCCUACAGGGCCCUGGUUCCUGCACCACCUGGGGCUGGGUCCCCCUCUCCUUCCCUCCUGGGCCCACAUACCUCAAGCCAGGGCCAGCAGAGGUCUGCCAGGAGAAAGGACAGGGGAACUGGGGACUAGGGGACCCACCUGAGUGCUGGCUCUGGGCAGACUGGACCCUAAGGUUUAGCCCUGCCUCCUCCUGAUUGCCACAUCCGCUGACACCCCCCACAGGGCGGGGCCUGGGGACAUAGAAACACACCAAGGGUGACUGCGCUUGCUCAGGAGCGGGUGACACAGCUGCUGGCUGGUCCCAGGGGAUUCCCACCCAUGGAGGCCACACUCAGGGCAUCUACCCUCUGCUCAUCGGGCACGGCUGAUGACGCCAGGGGCAAACUGCUUUCUCCUGUGCAGUGGGGCUCGCUGACCAUCACCAUGAAGACCUCCAGAAAUAACCCAAGUUGUCCCUCCAAGGUCAGUGGUAGAGGAUGACCUGAGGGAUCUGGCCCCUACCCCCUCCUCACUGUGGGCUGCAGCGGUUCUACCCGGAACCCCUCGAAGACCAAGAGAGCCCUUGAAGCACCAGAGGUCACGGGGAGGGGGACCUGUCAACCGUCUGAGAAGUGGGGUGUGCAGUGGGAGGGAAGCCACACAUCUCCCACCGAGCAAGGAGACCAGCCAGCCCUGAGCUUUCCUGUCCCUUCUCUGGUGCCUACCCCGCCCACCCUCAGCCUCCGUAGCUGCCCCUGCACACAGGCCAUGGUCCCUCGUGCGGGACUCUGGGCAGGCCCCCGCUGGCCGUGGCCUCCAUGUUCCCGUCUGGGUCAGGGGACCAGGAACUCACCAAGGUCCCCACAACCUGCUGCCUCACACACUGACAAAAUCUACUGAACGCACCUACUGUGGGACAGAAUCGUGGGAUUCUUAUGUGUGAUGCUGACAUCACUGAGUCUGCUUAAAAUGCACAAAGGCAGUGCAGGGAGGGCAGGAGACAGCCUUACAAACCCCAAUUGUGCUGAGAGCUCUGUUCUGGCUCCGGAAGGAUCACUGACUUGGGACGUAGGCUCUAAUACCAGGUUAUGAUCACUCUCAGCCAGCCCGAGGCCUCUGGUUACCUGAAACCAUUGUGAGCACUGGGGGGUGGGGUAUGAUUUGGGUCUGUGACAUUCCAGGAAGCACCGGACACCCCUUGCCCUCAGGGCCACUUUCUGAGCAUGCAACCACCCUCAGACUGACCGCGCACCCCCUGCCCUCCACCCACCCUGGCUGACCCGUGUGUGCUUCCAGGGGACCUGGGGAACCGCUCAGACUGAGCACGGUGGCCCCAGGACUGAACAUGCCCCAACAUCAACACUGGGAGUCUGAAACCCUCCCCGACGCUUGCUGCCGAAAAAAUUCCUAUACUCAUUUAAGGGGAAAACACGUCCCACCCCUACACACACACACACACAAUUUCUUCUUGGCCAGCUGGAGACUGGGCCAGCACAGGCAGCCCAGCUUCAUUCACAGCCUUCCACCUGCUCCAAGUUCUUGGAGGCUCAUCGGAGUGAGCUGCACUUUGCCACUCACCCUAGCCGCCGGAGCAGUCUCGCCACGUUGUUCCCAUUUCCAAGAGCUAUUCUGUUGAGAGAAGAGCUGGAACAACUUACAGGAGAUCGAAGGUCGCAAAGAGCGACCUUCGCCUACUUUUUUGAUUAGAAGUCCACUUCUUGUGGGGCUCGUGAGAGCCUGUGGCCUCCCACUGACAGAACUCAGGGCACAGCGCUCUCCUGGCAAGCGGGACACGGGCCCCGGCUCCUUCUGCUCCAUCUCCGAACGGCAGCCCCACAGACUCCCCACACCACCUCUCCGGUCUUUAGUGGAGCCACAGGUAGGUCUUCAAGAACGGAGAUGGGCUCACAGAAAAAGACACCUUUGUAUAUUUUACUCUUCAUUUCACUGUUGGAAUUUUUACUGAAUGCAUAAUUUAAUUAAAAGUUAAUUUUAAUCAAGAGAUUACCAGAAGGAAUAUAAAAAUUUACCCCCAAAGCCGGACAAGGGUCCAGGCUGGGGAUGCUGGCUGCCUGAGAGGACCACAGUGGUGUCACCAGCUUGGACCCGCUCUGGACCAGACUCGCUCUUGGACUUGGGGCCAGUGCUGGGCGGGGGGGGGGGGGGGGGGGGGGGGGGGUGACUUAUCCAAAAAUUCAAAAUAUCACUUCCAUGUAUUUUCACCGUAUCCUUUUGAUAUUUUUGAUAUCUUGCCCCCAAAUGUAAACUGUGUCCAUGAUAAAAUAAUUGCUCAGUACACACAACUCCAUCCCUACUUGCUCAACAGACCUGUCCAUUUUCCUUGAAACACUUCUCUUGGCCUUUCUUUAAACAGGAUGCCUCUCACCCUUUCCAGACAUUCAGUGGUCAGGGCCCUCCCCUGGCCUGGCCCUGUUGGUCUGUUUGGGGGGCUGGUCUGUCCUGGGGGGGCUGGCCUGUCCUGCGGACGGGUCUGUCCUGGGGGCUGGUCUGUCCAGGGGCUGUUCU